AUGGGAGUUUCAAGUGAGUUUUUGGCUACUUUGGUUCUUGCUCUAGUUUCAUCAGUGGCUAAUGGAGACCCUCUUGUUCCUGCACUCAUCAUCUUUGGGGCCUCGGUUGUUGAUGUUGGGAAUAACAACAAUCUCAAUACGCCUAUCAAGGCGAACUUCCCACCAUAUGGAAGAGAUUUUGUUACUCACAGCCCAACCGGAAGAUUCUGCAAUGGGAAACUUGCCACGACUUCACUGCGUUCCAUAACAUUGACCCAACAGUUAACCUGCUACAAGGAGUGUCAAACGAAAGUGGAGAACAUGGUAGGAAAACCUAAAGCGAACGACAUAUUCUCUGGUGCCAUACAUCUUUUGAGUGCAGGAAGUAGUGAUUAUAUUCAGAACUACUACAUUAAUCCUCUACUCAAUCGAAUAUAUACACCGGAUCAGUUCUCUGACAUUCUCAUGAGAUCCUACUCUAGUUUCAUUCAGAAUCUGUAUGGGCUGGGAGCAAGGAAGAUUGGAGGGACAACCUUGCCACCAUCAGGUUAUUUACCCGCAGCGAUCACCCUAUUUGGUGGAGGAAGAAAUGGGUGUGUUGCCAGGUUAAACCAAGAUGCCAUAGCCUUCAACAAUAAACUGAACAGCACAUCUCUAAGCCUACAGAACAAGUUUCCGGAACUCAAACUUGUAGUCUUCGAUAUAUACCAGCCUCUCUUGGACAUGGUUACAAAGCCCAGUGACAACGGAAAACCACCUAUUGUGCAAAAGAGUUUCUUUGAGUCGAGAAGAGCUUGCUGUGGAACAGGUACUCUAGAUACCUCCUUGCUUUGCAAUGCCAAGGCCCAUGGGACAUGCUCCAAUGCUACAUCAUAUGUAUUUUGGGAUGGAUUCCAUCCCUCUCAAGCAGUAAUGAAGUCUUAG